UCUUAGGAAAUUUUAACUUUUUUGUAAUGUGUCGUGAUAGUUUUUUUAGUUGGCAAUAGAAUUUAAACGGUAUCGGUAGUCGGGAAAAAAUGUGUUCAAGUUAAAGAUCGUGUGUACUAGAGUAUAAGGAAAAAAGCUUAAUACAAUAAGAAAAAAAAUAUAUAUAAAAAUAACUGUUACGCAAAGCAUUUUAAAUAAAAUUCCAAUAAAUUAAAAAAUAAUAACAAUAAAUAUCAAAAUGUCCAUGUCUAUAAGUGUUUCCACGCAGGAAUUGGCCGAAUUGAUAAAUGUGCAUUUAGGUGAACUUUUAGAAAAAGAUCCGGCAUGGCAAGUUUUGGAUUCGCCCAUAUCUGGCAGAGGUAUAUUUGCCACCAGGGAUAUAGCCGUGGGUGAAGUUAUUUUGCGUGAACAUGCCAUACUGGCGGGACCUACAGCCAAUAUGUCCUCCACUUUAAAUACCUGCUGUGUGUGUUAUUGUCUUCUCGAGGGCAGUGAUGAGGAAAUAAUGUGUAAAAAUGGUUGCACAAUGCCGGUAUGUGAUAAAUGCAUAACCUCCGAUAGACAUGCCAUGGAGUGUUUGUUAUUUCGCAAAUGGAAACCUAAAGAUACUACCAAAAUCAAUCGUCAUGCUUUGCGUAUAGUUUCCAUAAUACGUUGUUUCCGUUUAAAUGAAUUACAGCGUAAAUUACUCUAUGCCCUGCAAGCUAACGCCGAUAAAUAUUAUAUGAAAGAGGUUUUAAAUGCCUCCAAUUGUUUUGAAUAUUUUCCCAAGGAAUCAGAUAUGUUGGAUUAUUUCUAUCGUACUAUUUGUGCUUAUAAUACAAAUGCAUUUGAAGGCCGCAGUUGUGUGGGUGGCCAUGAGGUAUUGGUACGUGCUUUGUUUCCUUUGGCCGGUCUACUAAACCACAAGUGUACACCGAAUGCAAAUCAUCAUUUUGAAGAUGGUGAAACUAUUGUGUUAACAGCUGCUCGACCCAUAGCUAAGGGUGAGGAAAUUGUUAUGGCUUAUGCUAAGUUACUGUGGAGUACAUUGGCUAGAAGGGUUUUCUUGGCCAUGACAAAACAAUUUAUUUGCUCUUGUGAAAGGUGUUGCGAUCCAACGGUGAGUGUUAAGGCAAUAAAUUAA